UUUUCUAGGUAACAACAGCAAGUGGUGGCAUCCUCCCAUCUCUCCCCUAGUUCUCUCCAGCACGCAGACACCAUCACUCAUUUCAAAUGUGCCUCUUCUAACAGUCCCAUCAGCUUUAACUAAACCAAGUUCUCACUACCAAAGAGUGCUAACCACAAAACGCAUUUCAUAUAUACACAGACAUACACAUUCACACACACCAGCAUUCCAACAUUCCAAAAGAACGGAUUCCGAAAACCGUUCAACAGAGCCAUAGGUUGUUGCGUAAACACAUCAUGGCCUCUGUCACCAAAUCCUCUAACCCCGAGAUCCCCGAUAAUCACAAGGAGAGCUGGCUGGCGCUGCUUGCUGCUGCUGAGGCUUACAGUCAGACGUCUGGUUGUGAUUUGGCAAUUUUGACCGCGUAUAAGAAGUUCCGUCCUCCCGGGGUUGAGGUGGAAGGAACAAGGAAUCAUGAAGGGGGUGGAACUCGGGUGUGGAAGUUUGAUUAUGCUUAUCAUGUUUGGGGACCAGGGGCCCUAGCGGAGUCGUCACAACGAUACAUGGAUGACAUCGCAGUUCUGCACUCCACCACUGUACUGACGGCUCAGAGACACACGCGUCUGAAUAUGGAGGUAGGAGGAGCCAAACUGGGUGUGGAUGUGCCGUCUGACAGGCUGAGCUUGACUGGAGAUGGAGUCGGGACUGUCAGUCCCAACAUGAGGCUCUAUUCUCAGAGCUACCCGUCGAUCUACAGCUCGACUGCUGCCAUUGGCCAGCCAGGUGGUCAGCAUGGGAAUGGAGAACGUGACCGGGAGAAAGCGGCGAUGGAGGAACGUGAGAAGGCAAGAGAGAGGACGGAAAUUGCAGACUUGGAAGAUGAUGAUGAUGAGGAGGAGGAGGAGGAG